GGCUAUGCAGGUUCGUCGUUUCCAGACUGAUCUCGUACAUCUUAUUGAAGACGCACAAGUGUUGAAAGGGUAUAAAUCCUCCAUGGCGCCUCCGCCCAUCGUCGAUCAUUCACACAGUCACCCUCCAUGUACUCAGCAUAAUCUCCGUAUUCCGUGCCACUCUUUCAACCAUGUUGUUCUCUGCACUCGUUCUUUUAUUUCCCUCAGCAGCCUUGGCUGCUCGUCUACCAAUAAUUUUAGGACGGGCGGUCAAUCAGCAUGAUUGCACUACUACCACCACCCUGGCCCCUAUCACCUUCACCAGCGUCUCUCCAACUUCCACCAUCGGGGGCCUGGGUGCGAGCCAGGGUACCUCUGGCAGUGGUAGUGGCUCGCUUAUCUACACUACCGCUUUGCCAACCCUUGGUCCUAAUGGAUUGGGAAUGCACACAUACACUGUCACUGUCCCCUGCCCUGGGACCCCUGGAUCGUCCUGCAACCCCCUGGAAUCCAGCGAGUGCCCACCUGGGUUCACAACGUCCUCGGUUGUUUGCAGUGUCUGCGGACCAACUGUGGUGACAACAGUGCUGACCCUCCCUGCCGAGACAGCCGCGAGUACCGGAGUCCCCGGGAUCCAACCCCCUCACACUAGUGCCAAUAGUGAGACUAAGCAGGUCACCAAGACUUGUGAUGAGGAGCUCUGCCAGUUGGAUCCAGAAAGUACUGGCUACUCUGAUGGAAGCUUCGCUACUUCUGCUCCUACUACUACCAAGGCAUCUUCUAGCUCUAGCUCUGAUUCUGGUUCUGGAUCUGGAUCUGGCUCUGGAUCUGGCUCUGGAUCUGGCUCUGGUUCUGAUUCUGGCUCGGGCUCUGGCUCUGAUCCUGGCUCGGGCUCGGGCUCUGGCUCGGGCUCGGGCUCCAGUUCCAGCUCCUUAAUUCCCGCCCCCACCGCAAACUCCUCCGAAUACUCCUCCAGCAGUUCUUCAACGGGGGCUACAGGCGACUCACAGGGCAAUAAUGGUGCACCCGCAGCCUCUUCCGUUCAAAAUACAUUCAGUACACAGGGCUCGUCCACAGUUCCCCCGCAGGAAACUGCUGCUGCGUCGCCCAGUGUUGUUCAGGUUGCUGGAUCAGGGGCUAUGUUUGUGGAUAUGAGGGCCCUUUUCGGGGCCCUCUCUUUGUCGUGUGUCUUGGCUCAGCUCUUGUUACCUCUUAACUAGCCUGUUUUGACAGCACGAAGCCGAACAUUAUCUGGAUUCCAGGCAAAAAUCAAUACUAGCUUAGAAACGUCUUCUUCACUGGCCACUCAUUGACUCUUUUACACCGAGUCAGAUAGUGGAGCAAAUUCGUUAGACAAACUAAACCUUAAUAUUCAUGGCUUGGCAGUUCAACGUCCGCUCUAUUGGCCCUGUAGCACGCUAAUUGAUGAGAAUGUGU